AUUUCCUGCAGCAAACCGAUCCAGGGAGCUGGACUUUCCCCACCCACAAUGCAUCAUCGCUGCAAACCCAUCUCUAGCAUGCUUGUAUCCUGGUCGUGAUCUGAAGUCAUUGCCGCAUAGAAGCUCUUGCCAGUCUCAUAUUUUAAACCAUGAAAAUGGUGAAGUACUGAAGAUUAAAUGCACUCUGCAGUACAGUAAUUACACUUUAAGCGGGACGGGCCUUGCAUCAUGUCAUCCAACGACCAGGAUUUUGACUUUGAUGAAUAUGACAAACCCGGUGCUGAGCGGUCACGCAGAAGGAGAGGUGAAGAUCAUGAUCUUGAGAGUGAUUUGGAAGAGGAUUUGUUGGAAGAGGACUGGCUGUCAGGUAAAAAGAAUCCAUCAGAAAUGUCAGAUGAAGAGCUGAAUGAUGAUCUUCUCAGAAGUGAUGAUGAAGACGUAGAUCAAAGUGGUCAGGAUAUCAGCCUCAAUACCACAUAUACCCUGGGCACAUCCUAUGACCAGCAGGACAACUCACAGGAAGCAGACUAUACCGAUGACGUUGUGAACCUCGGUGCAGAGGGCUGCGAAGAAGGGGAUGUGGAGGAGUACCAGCAAGAGGAUGAGGCAUAUACAGAGGAAUAUGGCCAAGAAGAUGGCGCAGAGAUUUCCGAAGACCAAAUGGGUUACGCUGGAGAGCCAGCAGAGGCUGACGACGACUAUCAGGAUGGUGUGCUAAACAUCCAAAUCAAUGAGCCUAUUGAUGGUGAAUUUCAAGAUGAAGAAUACGAAACCCCCUAUGGUGAUGAGCCUCUUGAUGAAGAUGGAGCCCAGCAGGAGGAGGGCGCAGGGGAGGACACAGAGGAGGUGGAGGGAAAUCAGCAGAAUGAAGACACUGCUGAAGGGAAUCGAGUCUAUGACAUGGAGGAGGGUGAAAAUGAGGCUGUGCGAGAAAAAGAAGAAGAAACAAAGGAGGAAUCGGAUGAAGAAGACGAGGAAGAUGAAGAGUCUGGCCGCAUAAGGUUCAAAUCUGAAAGAAAGGAGGGCGUUGUUGUGCGCCUGGCAGAUGCAGGCUCCAAAAGGCGGAACAUCCCUGAAACACUAGAACUGUCAGAGAAGGCCAAGCGAGAUUUGAUGGAAUUCGAGGAGCAAGAACGGCAGAAGAAACAAAAUCGUCACGGAGGCAGAGGCCGAGGUGGGGGACGAGGAGGCAGAGGAAGAGGAGGCUUCCCAGGGUUUGAAAUGGGAGAUUAUAGAGGAGGAAACCGAGGAAGAAUGAACGACCAGAGAUUCCCCCCGAUGGGAAACAUGGGCAUGCAGCAGUCCUCGCGAAUGCUUCCUCCUCAUCAGUCUCAUCAGCAGCAGCUGCAUUCCCCGCAGCACCACCCCUCACGUCCAAGCGGACCGCCUCACUUCCAAGAUCACGGGCGUCCGCUUCCUCAGCAGCCCCUUCAGCCCCUCAUCCCUCCGCACAUGUCUCAUCGCUCCCCGCCGCUGCGACCUCAGAUGGAGCCGCCACCACGACUGAUGAAUUCCCCGCCACCCAACUUCCCUCCACAUCACCAGCAACAGGCUCCACAACCUAAGAACAUCCACAUUAACCCCCACUUCAGAGGGCCUGCAACGUCACCCGUUCAAGUGCCCUUGAUGCCUCCUGCUCAGAGCCAGCCCAGACCUGCUGUGGGUCCUCAGAGGUUCCCUGGACCGGGAGACUUUCAGCAGCACAUGCCUGGUAAUUUCGGUCAGCCCCAGCGGCCCCCUCAUCACAUGGAGCCCUUUAGGAACCAGCCACCUCAAGGCCCCCAGGACAGAGAACCCCUCUUUAUGGGAGAGCGCACAGAUUCAACACGGUUUCCAGGGCAGCACAUGUUUGAUCACCAGGGCCCCGGCCCUCUGAUGAACAGCAGCAACAACCUCCACCAGCAGCAGCUGCCCAGCCAGGGCCACAUGGGCUUCGGCCCACCAGGACCAGCCUUCAACCACCCGGGCCAGGGCCCGCUUGGACUGUUUGGGAGAGAACCCCCAAGACACAACAUCCCUCCCCACCAAAAUCACCCGGGAAUGGUGAACUUAAAUCAACAAGGUGGACCCCCCAACCAGCCCAGGCCUUUCAUGGGCCCUCGUCAAGCUUUUGGCCAACAGGGGAACCUUUUCCCUCCUACACAAGUUCCGUUUGGGAUGCAGGUACGACUAAGAGGCUUAAUGCACGGCCCUCCUGUUUCCCAGCUUCCACAUCAUGAUCCGCUGUCACCCCAUCAGCCCAUGCACCAGCAGCAGCAACACCAUAGGCAGGACUUACCCCACCAUCAGCAGCCGCAGCUAAAUCUCGGUGAGCCUCGCCCCAUCAUGCACCAUGGCCAGAAUCCUUUCCAUCAACAGCAGGGGCAUGGCAGCCCAAGGCAGAUGAAUCCCCGCCCUCUGAACCCCCAACAGCGCCACAUGUCUAACAGGCAGAGAAUGAACACACCUGUCUCCAAGCAAAUGCAGCAGCGCAACAGCAACCUGCGUGAGCUCCCUGUAGCACCUGGCAACACAAACACGAACAGCGCCCGCCCUGCCACCACCCCCACCUCCCCCGCUGCCAACAUCAAGCCUGUUGCCAGGACAACACAGGGGAUGCGUCCUGGGCAGAACACUCAGCCGAUGCCUGACGGUGGCAAAGGAAGAGGCCAAGCUGUUGCGAAGACUGAAUCACAGCCUGAGGGAGCAGGCAGGACAGUUGUUCGCAAGGAAAUUCCACGCACGCCGUCCGGCGUGACACCACAGGAUCCUGAUGAGGAUGAGGAGACACGGCAGUAUCGUCUGAAGAUUGAGGAGCAGAAGCGUCUGAGAGAGGAGAUUCUAAAGAGGAAGGAGAUGCGACGGCAGAUGCAGGCUGGUGUCAGGAAGAAGGAGCUGCUUGAAAGACUUAAUGCCCAGGCACCAAGCCAAGGCACCACUACUACACAAGCUCAGCCCGAGCAACCAAAUAAGCAAAUACCACACCCUGUACCUCCAGCACAACAACAGCAGCAGCAGCGGCAGCAGCAACCACCACCAGAACACAAACCACAACAGCAACUGCAACCACAACAGCAACUGCAACCACAACAGCAACUGCAACCACAACAGCAACUGCAACCACAACAGCAACUGCAACCACAACAGCAAAGACAGUUUCCUCAGAGAACACAACAAUCAGUAAAUCCCACAUUAAAGCUUGGCAAUAUAGGUAACACCAUCCCUCCCAGCAGUGCUGCUCAGACCCCCGCGCCCCGUCCCAAUGUCAGGACACGGCUGCAGAUGGUAAAAGGCAGCAUUCAGCAGCAACAGCCUGCCCGGCCUGUUAAGCAACCCCAACAAAAUCAGCUGCAGCCAGUGCAGCAGCGAAGAAACAGCGCUUUGCAGAACGUAAACCGACCUGGUGCUCCGAUCCAAACCAUUCAAGUUCCUCAAAGGAACGUACCUGAUACUCCUUCAGCGAGUCCAGCCCUGGCUCAGGCUCAAGGACCUAAACUUGGCGCUAAAAGAACUGUGAUGCAGCGGGCAAGGAGUACUAGCUUCGAGCGCCAGCAGGUGCCGCAAAAAGUCAGAGUCGUCAAACUUUCAGGAGCGAGUGGAAAGGGGCCUGAGGCCACAAGCAGCCCAGUACAGGAACAAGGCGCCUGGCCAGCAGCUACGCUCAACCAGGGCAUCCAAAGGAAAGUUACCAUGACAGGACAACAGCAACAGGGACCAGGUGGACCGUCGCAGGCUAGCCGCGGGGGCAUGGGCAACCCACAACAAAACAGGGUUGUUGUGUCAGGCCGGGGCCGAGGUAGAGGGGGUAGCCAGAUGGGUCGAGGUCGUCCGAUGCCCACCAGACAGAGCCAAAAGACUGAUGAGAGUGAGCGCUGCACUGUGUCCAUUGAAGGCCUCUCCUCAUCUACAACCGAUUUGCAGCUUAAGAACCUUCUGAGGUCCAUCGGCCCAAUAAAGACUUUCAAAAUGGUGCCCCAGCAGAGGAAAGCAUUUGCUACAUUUUCCAGUCCCCAACAUGCAGCAAGUUUCCAAAUGAGCUUCCACAGGCACAUGAUUGAUUUGUCCCACAUUGAUGUGUCGCUGAUUGACGGAUGAGGAGCGUUAUAAAGCCAGCGGGUCCUUUUGCAAGAAGUCGCUCUCUCCCAACGCCGGAGGGUCUCCUGCACAGCUCCAACCUGGUCUACAGAUACUUCUCCAUUUCUUUUGGGGGUCACUAACAUUCAACGCCUCUGCACAUCAUUCAUCAAGUCGUCUCCCAUCGAGCUGGGACAGUGAACACAAAGACAUUUAGCUGAGAGCAUGCCUGUGUUUGACUUGUUCUACCAAGUGUCUGCAGUUGUGAAAAUGGCACUGGAGAGAUACUGGAUACCUUCUGCUAUUUCAAUGUAGUUUGUGAUUAAUGUUUAUUUUGCAUCUGACAUGGACACUAUAAGUAGAGCUCAUCAUGGGAUAAUGGUUGCUCCCCUCUUUAGUGAAAUCCUUCGUGACAAAUGACACUUGAACGCUGUGCUUCUAACGUGACCACUUAAUAGAAUUUUUUAUGUUAUUAGUGGUGUGGUGCUCAUAUAGGGGGACUUGUUGUGGUGGGAUGCGGUCAGCCUGUUCAUGUAGUGGGUCUCCCCUGUCUGUAGAUGGCAGUAUUUUAUCACUAUUGGUGUUUCAGUCUUUCUCUCGUAGCCCUGCAUUCGGGUAGCUGUGAAGUCUGUUUUUUGGUCUAUGGCACUACCUAGUGGGGUUCCUGCAUAUAGGCGGAGAGGUGUCCUGGUUGUGAUGAUUCAAGAUGUCAUAGCAGUGACCAAAACCCAGCUGGGAUAGGCUGUGAUUAUUUUUUUGCUAAAUUCCCUGUGGUUUAAAGAAUUGUAAAUGUGGGCACUGAUGAGUUGAUUUCUCCUGUUUUUCAGUUUUAUUGUUGCUUACUAAGUCCUUUCUAUCUCUCUCUCUCUCUCGUUUAAGUUAGUUGGCUAUUACUCAGCUUUUAACUGUUAACUAGAAAACAUUGUGGAUGAACCUUUCAUGCCUUGUUUGACCUGCAUUUUAGUUGGAUGUCUGAUUAUGUAGUAGUUAGAUUUAGGUUGUGCCGAGUGUGCUUUGGGGCCGUGAGUAUGUAGACAUGUUUUUUGAGUUUUCUUUCUUUCUUUUUAAUGAGCUUGGCAGGGUAUUUGACAUUGUUGGUAGAUGGAAAAGAACUGUUUCCAGUUCUCUGCAGGAUAAACAGACAUUUCUGUGAAGUUCCUCGAGGAUACAUUCCUUACUCUCCUCUGGAAUUGGAAUAAGUUUGGAAAUAUUUACCCAAAUUUGAGUGACUAUCAGCUUAUUGAUCAGUAAGCUGCACAGCAGACUGUUUUUCCUUCACGCAGAGCGGUCAGAUUGGAUAAAAGAGGAGGAAAUAUAAACAAAAUUCACCUUAAUAAUUUGCCCUGGAGACUGUAGAGAGAUACAUUUUCUAAAUACACUAAUUUCUCUUUUGUCAGUUUUACACAUUUUUUUCCAAGGCAUCACUUACUAGCUCGUCACAUUUUAAAUUUUUUUUGUUCUUCAGAUUUUUUUCUCCUCAUCACAAAACUGUUUGUGUAUUGUAGUUGUAAAAAUGUGUUAAAAGUUUAAAUGCAGACGUUUUUUCACAUCGAAGACUGAAAUUGUUUUAUAUACAUUAUUCAAAGGGACGAGACAGAACAACGAGAGGGGGCAACCAUUACCCGCGUAGUGAUCAUGUGCAUAAGUCAGGCUUUCACUCGAUAUUUAACUCGUUAAAUUUUUUUGAGUUCACUCACGUUGUAUCAGGAAAAACAACUUUUAUGUGUAAAGGAUAUGCUGACGUGUCCAGAUAUGUCAUUUUUACAAGUAUUUUGUUUGUAUUUUCAAACGAGGAAUGACUGGACCACAUUUGUGUUAAACAAUACAUUUGACAAAAAGUUUAAGGUGAAAAGAAAAAACGAACAAAUAACCAAAAACAAAAGUGUAAAUAAAAAUAUGGCCAAUAUACCGUGAACAUGCAGGUAUGUGAAGCCACUUGAACUUUA